AUUGUAUGCGCCUUACAGUUGUCACCGCGUCAGGUGGACUGUGAAGAGACGAGGAAGGAAUGUUUAUCCAAAAUAUAGCGUCGCACAGCUUUGGGAUUUUGCCUUUUGUUUUUAACCACUGCAGUCUAUCACUUGUUCUCCUGUUAUUUCAGCUGGUGCAGGGAGAAUUCCAGAGGUCAUGCUCACAGACUCUUCCCAAAACAGUGGAUGGGAGCUGCCAGCUGCCUUGUCAAUGCAGACCAUAUCCACCCUUACCGCCCCCACCCCCGCCUCCACCUCCCCCAAGACUACUGAUCCCAUCUGUGAGCCCCACCAGUGUACCCACUCAGAAGCCUUGGAUGGAAGAUAUUGAGAUUUUAGUGUUGGGAUCUGUGAGCUGUGCGUCAGUGGUCUUCUUAGUCCUACUAGUCAUCAUCUGUUACAAGGCGAUAAAAAGGAAACCACUAAGGAAAGAGGAGAAUGGAACAAGUCGAGGGGAGUAUGCCAUGAGCUCUCGCAGCAAGCAACAGGUUGUUGAGACCAACAACACUGGGGUAUAAAGUCUAAUCAAGAGCAAGGCACAGAAUCAUGGCCAUUUUCCCUCAACACCACCUCCUUGGCCUCACACGGCUUGGGAA